UCUCAGACGUUUACCACUGACUUCUGACAAAAAAUAUAAAUAUAUAUAUUUCAAGAUAUCAGAUAAAUUUGGUAAUCAAUAAUAAUAUCAAUUAUGAAACUGUAUAAACAUUCUGUAGCUACAAUAUAAUAUAAAAGAAUGUAAAAAUAUUUUUUAGCACCUAAAAGUAAUAAAAGAAGAAACAAUUUCAAUAAUCCUCUACAGUCAUUUAAUUUAGAUGCACCAUUCUUGGAGACCGUCAAUAUAAAAUUACUUAUUGUGUUGGAUCUAAAAGAUAAUUUCAAGUAAGUAUCAAGUAUUAUUAUUGAUAAAUAUAAUUUAUAAAUAAAAAUUCUAUAUCAAUUGAAAUCUUGAAUCUAACAGUAAGACACGGAACGAAUUAAUAAAAAAUGUAUUUAUGUACUGGAAUUAUAUCGAUAUGUUGUUUGGUAAUUUUACCUCACCAAAAGUACGAUUUACUAUCAAAGGAAUUGUUAUUCCCGAGGCAACACGCCAUAAUCCUUGUUUAAAUAACUUAAGCCCAUCAUCACCGACGUUAUCUUCUUCAUCACUGAGUGGUUUGGAGGAACAGAUAUUAAAUAAUAAAAUUUUUUCUCUCAACAGUCACGAAAUUGUAAUUGUUAUGACUCCACGAUCAAUAGACACAAGUACAGAAGAAUAUAAUUCAUUAAUAACGAAAACUGCGGUUAUUAACAAUCACAAUAUUUGCAAAAACAAUAUUAAUAAUCACAAUCCAAUAGUCAUUGUAUCAGGUAAUAUAGAUAAUCAAGCUGGACAUAGUAUUUUAUUAUCGCAAUUCAUCUAUUUGUAAGUUUAUAUAAUUUAUGUUUCAUCUUAACUGAAGCUCAAAAUUUAACUUCACAA